UGAUCUAUUGGUUCAGCCUAGUGGCGCGUGCGGCUUCUGCUCGUGUUGUUAGCUUAGUGGCUAACUCUACAUUCAAAACAACUUAAGAUAGUUAAAAUCAGUUUAUUUAAGUUUAGCCUGGUUGUAUUUAGUUGCAUCACCCGGUGAAGGAUGGAUCACGUGAAGCUGUCCAAAAACCUGCUGCGGAUGAAGUUCAUGCAGAGAGGCCUGGAUGCUGAGACGAAGAAGCAGCUGGAGGAAGAUGAGAAGAGGAUCAUCAGUGAUGAACACUGGUACCUGGACCUGCCAGAACUCACAGCUAAAGAGAACCUGAUCGUGGAGGAGAAGAGCUUUGUUCCCUGUGAGGAGCUGCGCUUCGGCCGCCUGUCCUUUAAAGGAUUUAACCCAGAAGUGGAGAAACUGAUGAUUCUGAUGAAUCCUAAAGAAGACAAGGAGGAAGAGGAGGACGUGAGCCGCAUGCAGACAGAUGUUACAGAUGAGGAAAUGGCUCUGAGGUACGAGGCGUUGGUCGGGUCCAUGAAGAAGAAAUACGCUAAAAAGCGUGAGCGAGCGGCGCUGGACGAGGAGAUCGCGGAAUCGAAGACAAAAAGAGGGUUUUUGAAACCUGAACUGGACUGAUCCAAACUGAGCCUUUAACCUGCCGCUGUCUUCAGGACGCUAACAGUUUCCACCCGCUUCCAGUCUUUGUGCUAAGCUAACGAGCUGCAGGAGGACGGAGACCAUUAGAGGAAAAAACUGACCCGACUGAGAACGAACUCUGAAAUAGAAACGGGUCAGAUUAAAGAACUGAGUGACAGGAAGUUGCUGGUUGAAUUUCCUUCUCGGUGGAGCAACAGGAAGUGAUUUUCAUCACUCUGUCUGAACUAAAAAUAUUUAAUUCUUACAGAUCUGAGUCUUAAUCUGAAAACUAGCCCAGAUAUUUACUUUUUUUUUUAAAUAAUAAAUGUGGUCUGAGUAUAAAACUUAGACUGGAAACUCACCUGGUCAGGUCAUGGACUACAAAGUGUUUACCUGUGGGAGGAGGCGUCGCCCUUAAAUCAGGAAUAAUCAGUAAUAAAGGUCAUGAUGUCAUAAUC